AUCCUCUCCCAAUCCCACACCUAAAGCAUGGUGGCAAGCUGGUGAAGCACAAACCUCGAUGUUGUUAAAAGCUUCCGUUAUGGAAACGGUAUUGAUAUCGAUGAGAUGAAUCACAUCCUCUCUCUCUCUCUCUCCAGAUGAAUGAAUCAUCUUGCUUGCGAUGCGAAAAUUCAAAAUAGUUUUUCUCCAUGGCCGCCACUCAGAAGAGUAGAAUCUCACAGUAGUUUCGGGGAAGUAAAAUCCAUUCACGAGAUCCAUAAGAUAAGGAUUAAAAUCUCAAAUCCCGAUACAGCCAAACUGGCGGUAAGCGGUGGCCGAGAGGGAAGGGGCUAAACCUGCAAAUAUCAAGGGAAGUGGGCGCCGACACGUGUUCUUCCGAACUUCACUCCUCGGCCACCGCCCAAUCUACGCUUCCCUUCUCGUGGAGCUUCGAUUAAGCUUCCCCGGAGGAGCCUGCAGCUGCAACAAAUUCACUUGGUGUUUUGAUAGUUGUAAUCGCCUCCUCUCACUCGUUCGCGAGUAGCAUACAGUUCGCAGCUGUCCGGCGAAGGUAAUAUCAGCCGCCGUCGCAGAGAAUCGUAUUGUCGUUGCAUUUGAGCUCUCUUUCCUUCUUUGCUUUUCGUCUCGGAAGGAGAGAGAGAGAGAGAGAGUCGAAUGGCCGGUUCGCUGCUGCCCAUGGCGAGGGCACCGCUGCGUGCUAACGAAUCCCAUCAUCAUCAUCAUCAUCUUUCUCAGGCGGUGCGUUUGGAUGACUCUAAGAAACCCUAUCUGAUGCUGCGAAUGCGAUGCAACAGCCACCGUCAUCAUAUCGAUAAUAGGAAUAUUAAUAGUAGCAGUAAUCUCAUCGGCGAUCUCAACUUAUCAUUCAUUGGCCGCUCCUCGCUUCAUCACCGACGUCUCGAACCAAUUACUGCAGUUGGCUCGGAGUCGGAGGGCGUUGUUCCCCAUCCAGUUCACCAGGACCUCCAGGGAUCUAGCGGAUCCGAGGAGGCUAAGAGUGGCAAGAUCUUGGAGCAAUGGAAUAUGUUGACGGCGAAGUUCGCUGGAGCUUCGAACGUUCCAUUUUUGCUGCUGCAACUGCCCCAAAUUGUACUCAAUGCUCGUAAUCUUUUGGCUGGGAAUAAGACAGCGCUCUUCGCGGUUCCAUGGCUGGGGAUGUUUACUGGAUUGGUGGGGAACCUCUCUUUGCUAUCCUAUUUUGCAAAGAAAAGGGAGUCCGAGGUGGUGGUGGUGCAGACACUGGGAGUUGUAUCCAUAUAUGUGGUGAUUGUCCAGCUGGCCAUUGCUGGAGCCAUGCCUCUACCUCAUUUCACAGUUACAUCUAUCGUGGUUGCCUCUGGUCUCGUCAUAAACUUCAUGUAUUAUUUUGGUUUGCUCAAUGAUGGAAUCUGGCGCUUUUGGGAAGAUUUCAUUACUGUUGCUGGACUCUCCGUACUUCCCCAAGUCAUGUGGUCAACAUUUGUCCCAUAUAUUCCUAACAGUAUUUUGCCAGGCACUAUUGCUUUUACCAUAGCUGUUGUGGCUGUUGUCUUGGCACGGAUGGGUAAACUUCCAGAGAAAGGUAUCAAAUUUGUUGGAGGAAUAUCUGGAUGGACUGCCACACUUCUUUUCAUGUGGAUGCCUGUUGCACAAAUGUGGACUAAUUUGCUGAAUCCUGAUAACAUCAAAGGCUUGUCAGCUUUCUCAAUGUUACUUGCUAUGAUUGGAAAUGGACUAAUGAUUCCACGUGCUCUCUUUAUUCGGGAUUUCAUGUGGUUCACUGGUUCAACUUGGGCAUCUAUUUUCUAUGGAUGGGGGAACCUCCUAUGCUUGUACUGUUUUAACAGUAUUAGCAAGGAAUUCUUAUUGGCAGCAACAGCUGGCUUGUACACUUGGAUAGGACUUGCUCUUUGGAGAGAUACCAAAGUGUAUGGCCACAGUUCGCCAUUGACAUCCAUAAGGGAGUUGGUUUUUGGAUCUUGAUGCCAUCCUUCACGAGAUGAUUGGUUUUUGGAUCCUAAUACCAUCCUUCACGAGAUGAUUGGUUUUUGGAUCUUAAUGCCAUCCUUCACGAGAUGAUUGGUUUGUGGAUCUUAAUACCAUCCUUCACGAGAUGAUUGGUUUUUGGAUCUUGAUGCCAUCCUUCACGAGAUGAUUGUUUGUCGUGCUCUGUGCUGGAGCUUAGUUGAUGUGCAAGUUUUGGAGGCGUGUAAUGCAAUUAGAUGUCCGUUCCCAUAUUUAAUAAUAAUAAUAAUAUGAUGUUGUAAUAACAGCAAAUCAAUAAUUUUUGGUUUAAUAUUUGAUAACACUUAUUGUUCUUUUUAAUUAAAUUAAGUGCUACUUAGAAUUAUAUAAAUAAGUGAAGUAACUGGUCGAGUAUUUAGAAAUUCCAGGGCUUAUUUAAACUUUAAGACAUUAUUGUUGGCGAAUAUAAUAUAUUGAUUAUGAGUAUUUUAAGGUU